CCAAUGUAGUAAAUUUGGAACGUGAUUUUGAUAAGUGACAAAUCAUACUUAAAAAAAGCCUUGAAAGAUAAUUAAAAUUGAUUCAUGCAUGAUCAUUUUCAGAUCAGAGAAAAUGUUCACGUUUGUCGUUUUCUCCUCACGUUUCCAUCACGCGAUAAGCAAACCAAUAUAAGCAAUGAAUUUUUUAGGUUAAAUUGCACUCCAGCUUGGAAGAGAGUGUGACGAUUUGCCUCUUGAAAAUGGACAGGAAUUCGGUGAAGUGUAAGAUUGGGCCGUCAGUUUUAAAUGCCGAUUUAUCCCAGCUUUACGUGGAAUCACAAAAAUUGUUAGAUAAUGGAGCCGAUUAUUUACAUUUGGAUGUUAUGGAUGGUAGUUUUGUUCCUAACCUAACUUUCGGUCAUCCUGUAGUGAAAUGUUUAAGGAAGAAAAUACCAAACGCUUUCUUCGAAACACAUAUGAUGGUGUCUGAUCCAGAAAUGUGGAUAGAACCGAUGGCCGAUGCUGGUGUAAGUCAGUAUACUUUUCAUAUAGAACCAGUUCCACAGAAUGUUUUGCCGAUUUGUAGAAAAGUUAGGGAGGCUGGUAUGAAAGUUGGUUUAGCGUUAAAACCAGGUACAGGUAUCGAGGCAGUACGGCAAUAUAUCGAACAUGCAGAUAUGAUUUUAAUUAUGACCGUUGAACCAGGGUUCGGUGGACAAAAGUUUAUAAAUGAUAUGAUGCCAAAAGUUCAGUGGUUAAGGCAUAACUACCCUUUACUUGAUAUAGAAGUGGAUGGAGGCGUUGGACUAAAUACAAUAAAUGCCUGUGCAGAGGCUGGUGCCAAUAUGAUAGUAUCAGGGACAGCAAUAAUAAAUUCCGCAGAUCAAAAGGCUGUUAUCGCUAGUUUAAGAGAAACUGUUGAAAGCUCAAUACACAAAUGCAAUGUCUAAUUUGGCGCCCAAUGUGAUUCCAGUUACAGUAUUGAAUCAGAUGAAAACUAUUAACGUUGAGCUUGAAAUUUUUUCGUUUGGGUUAGGUUUGUACAAAAUUGUAAGUUGUAUUCUAAGGUUUAUGGAACGGUUUUUAUACAUUCCUUUGGAUUACUGUUAUUGGUUACAAGGUGAAUAUUUUUCGAUAUAAUUUACAUGUAAAUUUAAUCCUAAUACACUGUUAUAUUUG